AGGUGAAAGUCAUCCUCCAAGACUUCCUCCACUGAAGAAACCUCUUUUUUUUUGGCCUCCGACAGAGAAAGAGAUGAGAUGAGAUCACAGGUGGACUGGCCACGGGGAGCUCAAAGCUCAAAUCUCAGUCGUUUUGUUCACCAGCUACAUUACUGUUAUUACCGGCUCCGACAGUGUCAGCCAUGCGGCAGACGACAGUCUCACUGAGGUGGAGAGCUAACGGCUCCAGCUUCACUCAGAACGGGCUUUUCUUCUCCUCCAUGUAAGUAACCUAAUAAAUACACAGUGUUACAGCUGUUUUAAUUAGUGACUGGCUACAGAAGCUGUGAUGAUGUUAGCUAACUUGCUGUUAGCCUUAUUACGAAUUUGUUCACCAAAUUCGUUGCUAUCGCUAGCUAGCUAACUGCUAGCAUCGCCGCGCAGCAGAUGACGCAAUGCUAGCGUGUGCUAAUGGUUGUGGCUUUGUUGUUUUUGUUGACUUUAUUCAGUUGCUCUCCUUGUUGUGUGUUUGGUGGCUGCUUUCACUGGACCUCCUAACACCUUGGUGACUGAGGAUGUGAAGGGAAAUGUUGGAGGAGCGUUUACAGAACCUUUAACCAAGCCAUUUUUAUUUUAACCAUGAUGAGGAAGGUUAGCCUACUUACCUUAACCAAGUAGUGAUUAACCCAAAUCAUGAUCUUUUUCUAAACUAACCAAGUAAUCGUUGUGCUAACUGGCAAAGUUUAGUUAUAAGCUUCUUUGGGCCUAUAUCCUGCCGAUAGGGUGUCAGAUCAAAAAAUGCCGAUAUGGAUCGUUUUGGAGGGAAGCAACAAACAAUGAUAAUGUUGUUAUUUAGACUGGAGGACCCAAUCAUAAGGGUUGUAUUGUCAGACCUGAGAGAAGCUCCCUGCAGAGCCACAGAGUCCAUAUUACAACUGUUUUCACAGGCCGAGCGUUACUUUUCAUCAUGAGUCAACUGAUUAUCUUAUGUAAAAACUAUGAAGUUCAUUUUUAAUAUCUAUUAUUGGCCCUCUAUUGUUUCCAAUACUCAGUUAUAUAGGUCUCUCCUCUGUCACAUCACUAACCACCUGCCUGGAACAUAUAAGAUCCUUGAUGGCCAGUAACAUUGUUUUGAAAACUGAAGUGAUGGUCUUUGGCCUGAAAGCACAUAGUUCCCUUGGACUUGCACUGUGCACAAGAGGUUAUAAUCUAAAGGUGAUUCUUGAGUGUCACCUAAACUUUUCUACUGAUUUCUGCUAUAGGAUAUGAACCUUUCUUCUUUUUAGGACACAAAAACCCUUAUUCGUGCCUUCGUUUACAGCCAUUCUGACUAUUAUACUUCCUCCUGCCCCAGAAAUUAACUGAACAGCUUUGGCUUGUACAAAAUACUGCCGCAGGAUUUUCACAAAAAUUAGAAAAUAUGAUUAUAUUUCUCCUGUUUUGGCCUCCUUGAACUGGCUUCCUGCUGUGGCCUUCAGAAUUGAUUUUAAACUUUAUGUUUUUAAGGCACAGAUAGGCCUUGUCCUUCUCUCUCUCUCCACUCUUUGUUGUUGCCUGUCUUUUAAUUAGUUUUAUACUGACUUAUAAUUUAGCUGGUCUGGUUUGUUCAUUUAUUAAUUGGUUUUAUUUACAUAUUUUUAUUUUAAUUUUUGUCCAUUAAGCACGUUGUAAACUUAUUUUUCAAAAUGCUAUGUAAAUAUAGACGAUUAUUAUUAAUAGAUGCACAUGUUACAACAGAUCCCACAUUAAAUUUCUAUGAAAACGUUGAGUGAAAUCAGUGUUUUCAUAUUUCAAUGCAUCUUUGAAUUGCAAAAGAGAUAUGGUCUUUAAGAUUUUACACUUUCCCCUUUGUUCUUAAAUGUAAAAUUGCUCCCCUACAUCAUACUGUAAAAAACAUAUUGGGAUGAGGAUAAAUAAAUACAUUAAUAUAGCAAAUAAAAAAUAAAGUGAAUCAAUAAAAGGUAGUGCUGCAGUGGAGCGCCACAGAAACAUGACCCGCCAUUGAUUUAUGAAUGAAUAGACUAAUACUGAAAGAAGAUAACAGUGUUUUGCUUUGGGUGUUUUUCUUAUUUUAUGUUUAGUUUUUUACCUUUGUCCCCUCAUAAGGACUGAAAACAGAAACCAGGUGUUCAGAUGUGAAGCUGAAUCAGGUAACCCCUGUGAUAUUAAAAUGCCACAGACUAAUUUACACUAGUUCUCAUCAUCCGUGCUCAUGAAGUGGUAUUAUGGGCUGCGCGGAGGAGGAGCGGGUGGGGCCUGGCUGGGAACACAGAGGCAGACUGUGGUCACUGACCGGAGACUCUACUGGCUUUUAUUCUACUCAGAUCAGACCGCAUGUCUGACCCAGGGGUCCGCCUGCUGCCGGGAGCAAACUGCACUCAUCUCCCUCUAUAUCUGACAGAUGGAUGCUGUCCUGUCGUAAGGGAGGAGGAUGAAAAAAUCGCCUGAUAUAUUUUUUGGCAUUUUCGCUCAGAGCCUGUUUAUGGGAGGCAGCAGCAGCAGCUUGGCCCUUUCUUUAUUAUAGGGAAGAGAUCUCCGCGGUUAGCUAUGUGAAGAGCAGAUCGCCUAAUAAUUCUCAUCUCGCGAUCCUGAGGAAUAAUUAUGAACAACGCGCAAGAUAUGUCGCCCGAUUUCGUGUUGAUGCGCCUGGUUUCCGCGGCCGAGGAUGACCGCUUGGACGCAGAAAACGGGAAUCUGCCGCCGGGAGGAGUGGUGGCAGGGCUGGGGAAGGAGGUCCUGGCUCACAGCGGCGUCAAAGCGGGGUUGGACAUAAGCCGAGAUCCGACGGCGGGCCUCGAGCAUCCCAGCAGCCGCCUGAACAAAGCCCAGCCGAGCGGCGAGGGCACGGCUGCACCUGACACCGGGGUGACGGAGAGCCGAGCCCCGCUGUCCGCGCCUCCUCCGCCGCAGAGCCCCAUGGAGGCCCAGGGCUUUGACUUCGCUCCCAGCCCUGGCCUACGGCCUCAGCUGCUGGUCUUCUCCAAUAUAAUGCGGAACGGAGAAGGGAUUUUAGAAUUAGACCGUCGGAAUCAGCCGAGGGAUGCCCUGGGUUUGGACCAGAGCCCGGGGUCUGGCUGCUCCGGCCCGAUUGUCAAUAACAACACCCUGAGUCCCGGAGACGUUCAGCAGCAGCAGAACCUGCUGGACCGGACAUGGGGAGCGCAUCCCCCGGUGUCGGUAUCCGCGGAGAUGCAAGGAGCUGCGGAGCUGUGCCGCCGGCAUCGACUCAUGACUACCCCGCCCGAGUGGCCCUUGUUGUCAGAGAGAUCCAACCCUCUCACCGUGAUUGACUCUAAAUGGGGCUGCGCCACCAGGGACAGAGAGGGAGCCGUGUUUGAGCUGGCCCGGCGGUUCGGGGAGCUGGGGGUCGGUGCCGUACCCAAGAUGCUGUUCAAAGCAGGGGAGCUCCCGCAGUGCUCGUGUCAGGGGGCACAUGGGCCGGUAGGAGGGGGAGUAGAACCCGGGGAUGACCCCACAGAGACCAGCGAUGCUUUGUUGGUGCUGGAGGGGCUGGGGAGCGGGGAUGUUGCCGGCCUGGGCAUGGAGGAGUGCCCGGAGGAUGAGACUGAUGAUGAGAACGGACGCCGCGAGUUUUUACUCAACAGGAAAAGGGAAAUAGUUCAGAAAAUGUCUGGGGCUUUCUCCAUCAGCAGCUUCCAGGCGGAGCUGAGGAGGCAGGUGGAGGGGAUGUCCCCGGCGGCGACACAGGCGGCGGCAGCGGCGCAUCUUGGCGCGCAGGUGUGCAGCCUCCACGGGAGCUCAGCCAGCCGGCUGUCGCAGGUAAGCCCUGGGGACUCAGAGGUUGUCGCCCAGGUUCCCGCCAUGUCACCGUCACCCACACCGGUCCAGAACUCGCCCUGGACCACGAGCCCGAAUCCGAGCCUGGCGUCAACACCCAGGAGGCGGCCGGAGCGGUGCGCCAGCGCGCCGCGGACUCCCACAGGCCGGGCGGCAGGUGCGGAAAAGAUGCUCAAAGUUCCGGGGAAGUCCAAAAAGGGCUCGUUAAAGAUCCGCCUGAGUAAACUGUUCCGGACUAAAAGCUGCAGCGGCUCCAAUCACCUGCUGGACAAGAGGCCCUCAGUGACCUACUCAGUGUCUUCUGGCGGGAGUCUGGUGGACAUGGCGAGCGCUGCUGGUGCUGAGCAGGACGCAGACAGUCACAACCAGCCCAGACUGACCAGGGCCCACAGUGCCUUCUCCCCUGCCUCCCUCUCUGCUUUCACUGGUGAGACUGUUUCUCUGGUGGAUGUGGAUAUUUCACGGCGAGGGGCGAACACACCUCACCCUCCCACGCCGCCCCCUCCUCCACGCCGAAGUCUCAGUCUGUUAGAUGACAUAGCUGGGCCUCAGCCUGGGCCUUUCCUAGUGAGCGUUAUGGGCGCCUCCCUGCAGUCCCUCCCCCUGCCUCUCCCUCCUCCUCCUCCUCCCUCCCAUGCCACCAUCCAGCACAGUCUCAGCCUCAAUGACGCCUUCCUCCGGGCUCUUCCUCAUUCAACUCCAUCGCCGUCUGAUGCGCUACCCCCCAGCAGACAGGCUCCACCCCCCAUGCUGUGUGCCCUGCGGCGGUCUGAGGCCAGCAACUUCACCGCCAGUCUGAGAGAGCUGGAGAAGUGUGGCUGGUACUGGGGGCCGAUGAACUGGGAGGACGCAGAGAUGAAACUGAAGGGGAAACCGGACGGAUCCUUCCUGGUCCGGGACAGUUCGGACCCUCGAUACAUCCUGAGCCUCAGCUUCAGGUCGCAGGGCGUCACGCACCACACACGCAUGGAGCACUACAGAGGGACGUUCAGCUUGUGGUGUCACCCGAAGUUUGAGGACCGCUGCCACUCGGUGGUGGAGUUCAUCGAGCGAGCCAUCAUGCACUCCAAGAACGGCAAAUUCCUCUACUUCCUCCGCUCCAGAGUCCCAGGGCUUCCUCCCACCCCAGUUCAGCUGCUGUAUCCUGUAUCUCGCUUCAGCAACGUGAAGUCACUGCAACACCUCUGUCGCUUCUGCAUCCGACAGAUAGUCCGCAUCGACCACAUCCAGGAGCUUCCACUGCCCAGACCGCUGAUCUCCUACUUGAGUAAGUUUUAUUACUACGACCCAGAGGAGGAGAUGUACCUGUCAAUCAAGAGCAUCCGGAGGGUGGUGGGAGCAGAGCAGGAGGCCGAGUCGCAGACGUAGCAGCAGAGUUCUUCUCAGCUCAAAGUUUCUGUGUGGAGGACUGAUCUGUACUGGUCUGCCAGUCUUCCAGCAUCAGCCGAUCAGAGUCCCUGGAAAUCUGUGUGUCCAGCUGGACGGGGAUGGACCUGCCUCUCUGUUGAUUUGGACUAAUGAAAGGAGGGAAAGUGUUUGCAGUUGGACGGUGGGAAAACCGUCGACGAGAAGAGCAGAUGCAGAGGACUCAGCCUCGUCUUCGGAGGGACUGCAGAGAUGCUCUCGCCUGCAAACAUGUCGGUGGGAACAGAGGGACAGCGUUGACUUUGAACUCGAUUUGCAAAUUUCCUGAACCUGCUGAACUGGACUUUUAAAACACAAAUACACUGGUCAAUUUGUACAACUGUUGUUUGCUGCCGUUUUCUUGUUUUUCCUUCCAUUCUGUCAAAAUGAGGGUUUUUGGAUUAAACGUUGCCCUCAGGGUUUGAUAUGCACACUGAGGCAGGACGCUGAGGCCCAUCACUGAGCUCAGACAGCAGAAGUACAACAGCGUCGUGCUGCCAUGUUGGGUUAAAACAAAGGAUACGUUCCCAUUGUUAUUUACAAUGCAAAUGCUAAUGCUAAAGCUAAAGAUCAAAAUCAAAACUUAAACAGAAGUGCUUGCACCAACUUACCCAUGAACAUGAAGUUCUACUUUCCUACAAACACCGGAACCCCUGAAUGUUUCAGUUGUGUUUCUGUAGCCGAUGCUCACACUGAAUUACUAUUUUAUUUCUCUCCCGUCUUUCAACCUGACGUUGUGUUCAUGUUCGCUGAUUUUUGUCUGAAAGCGCCGUCAUUUAGUUUCGCUUUGCUCGAACCAAACAUGAACACAGGAGCAGUUAUCUUAACAUUGUUGUCAACUUCAACUCUCUCCCCUAAAAAUGACUUUUUUAUACAAGUAAACUGCAGCAGGAAACUCAUUUCAUAGGAAACGUAAUUGCAGCCAGAUUACAUUUUCUAUUAAACCACAGUAAUGCGAAUGUAUUGUUAAUUUAAAUAUUUGGCAAAAUGCAAACAUGUUGAUUCUGAACAUUUCAGUAAAAAUGUUCACAUGCAAUGUUUUUAUUUUCUGCCAUAAUAUCCAAUCUCUUUUUCAUGGAUGUGGCAGUAGCUAGCCGGCUGUGCAGCAAGAUGACCUCUCCAUUUUUAAUCAUGUCACAAAGCUCUGAUCGAUCAAAUAUUUCUACGACUGUAAGAAACAACCGUUAAUGAGCAGCACCAGACAUAUUUGAAUUACUGAACAACUCGGAGGUGUUGGUGGUGAUUCAGAGGUCUGGAAACAGGCCGUGCUUCACCGCCCUCUGUGGGUCGGGACCAUGGAUGUAUUUAAAGAGCCAUUUAGUGCCAAUAUCCCCCUAGUGGUCACUUGUGGUUUUGCAACAAACAAACAAAAUUCCCCAGAAAAUCAUAAAAGAGACGUCUGUAAAACUGUUGACAGAGCUGGUGAAUUUCUAAUCCGGUGAAGUUUUAUAUUUGUAAAACUUCCCCACAGAGAGAAGUCAGUUUUAUUUUCAUGACGUCAUCCCGAGCGGGAACAUGCGGUGAAAUGCUAAUGUGCAUGUGCAGUGGUCCGAACGCCUUUUUUGGCUGAUGCAGCAAUUCAUCAGUUUCCAUUCAGGUCACAGGAUGCCGUCUUUGCAUCCGGUUACCCAGUUCCUAUCGUACAUCCAUGGCUGAAACCUGCUAGCGUCCAGCACUUCGGGCCACGCCCAAAUCAGUGAUGUCACAGUUAGUGGCUGUGACAUCCCAUAGACCCAUCACUAUUAGCAGCAGCAUCCUUCACUGGUUCACAAAUGUCACUGGAGCACCACCUUGUUUUACAGGAAGUCUGUAACUGAACCUGCUGAACAUUCAAAGACCGAACAUCUGGAUGUCCCAAGUUUCAUUUGACAAUAUUGUAAUAUCAUAAUUUUUAUGAUUAUAAGCUCAUCCUCUCAUGUUGCUGAUUUCUUUUCAGUUACAUUUCCCAGAAUGCCUUUUGACAGCCUAGAGAUUGAGGUAAUGCACUUGUUAUCAAGCCAGGCUAUGAAUAUAUCGAGUUCAUGAACUUCAUUAGCAUGAGAGGUGUCCUUGAUCUCGUCUGCUUCGUUGUCGUAGCACGACGUGUCCCAGAGCUGCGUGAAGCUGGUCUAUUGAGGCCACUGGUGGGAGAUACUUGGCGCUUCUACAAGAGAUUUAAAUCCUUAAAUUUGUAUUUCUUCAGACAGAUAUUCACAGGAGAAGAAAAAAUACACCAAAGAAAAAAAAAAAUACCCUCAGAAAUUCAAUUUAGAAGAAGAAAAAAAGAUGAUUUAAACAGACAUUUACAGUCAGAUGGCUCAGAGGAACUGAAGGCAAAAGAAUGACGGAGUUAAUUAAACAUGAAAUUAAUGUUGAGAUGUUUGUUUGAAUUUGGUGUCAGAGCACAGUUUUUUCAGAUUAUACCCAGAUGCCUCAUUUUCCCAUGAUGCCCUGCCUCAGUGUGUGUUUCUGCCACGACUGAUCUCUACCUGUCAGUUUUAUUUGUGGAGAUGCCCAGGUGUAUUUUGCUCAUUCUGUUUCUCAGCUCCCCGACGCUGGCCGCUGGCUCAGCAUUUUCAGUAAAAAAAAGAAAAAGAAAAUAUAAAUAAAUAUUGGUUUGUGUCGUAAUUUUUUACAUUUGAAUAUUUUUAAUUUGAGAUUGAUGUUGAAGUGGUUGAGAAAAGUAUGGAGGCAUUUCAACUGAAUAUUCAAAGUCUGAAAGUGAAAAUAUGUCAAGUCUGAUAGCUGUGAAAUAAUAAUAAUAAUUAGACUUAUCAUAGGAAAGAGUGCAGGAAAUUAAAAGCUGCAGCAGGAAUUUACAAAUUAAAAGUCAUGAAUUAAAAAUCCUUCACCCUCCGGAUAAAACUGAGCAGACACCAAAAAUAGUUUCAAUAUUUUACUAAAUCAUUUAGAUUUUAAAUAUAUAUAUAUAUUAUCUGUAAAAAAAAACAUGUAUCUCCAAAACUUUUAAUAGCCCUUGACAAAAAGCCUCCAACAUGUAGGUCCAACUUACUUGUUUUUUCUAAAGCUUUCAACCCCAUCCAUGGGCUUCCUCAUUGGCUGGAGCUGCUGACUUGACAUGGAGAUG